GAGCUGGAGUUCUGCAGGUUUGAGUACAGGAUCGAGCUCUUCAUAGGAUUCAGUUGAUGUUUUUAGCUUUCUCAUCAGCAGCGAAGAAACUGUGGAAUCUUGAAUUUUAAUAGUGAGGACUGGUUGUGGAUUUAUAUGGAAUUCAGAUAGUAAUUUUUCUGUAUUUCGCAUGUGAGGUUUCUAGUUAAGAGCUGUGGUCGUGGGAUUUUAGGUAUAUAUUAUGGAGGAUAUAGGGCUGUUCAAGCAAGGAUGGAAGUGGCUACAGUCACAGAAGCAAGUUUACUCAAGUACAAGAACAGCAGUGAGCUGUUUCAGAGACAAGAUUGUCUUUUUGGUCGAUCGCCAUUGGCCGAUGGUUUACAGUGGGUUUUUGAAGAUUGGGAAAUUUCUAUUGACGUUGUUGUUGCAGUGGAAGGAUUGUAUCGUCCGGGGUUUUGGGUCUAUGAUCAGCCUGGGUUCUGCGGCGUUGCUUGUUAUAAUGUGGAGUUGCUUUCUUAGUUUGACAUCUAUUAAUUGCCUGGUAUAUGUACUCACGAGUCUGGGUGCUGCUGGGGCUGCUGUUAGAUACUUAGGUUAUACCCCUGGACUUUUUAUUGUUGGGCUGUUUGGUAUUUUUACUCUGUGGAUGUAUGGUAAUUUCUGGAUAACAGGAAUGCUCUCUAUAGUUGGAGGUUAUUUGUUCUCCCUAAAUCAUGCACGGAUCGUGGUCUUAAUGGCAACCAUAUAUGCUCUUUAUUGCGUUAAGGUUCGUGUUGGGUGGCUCGGCGUUUUUCUCUCGGUAAACCUUGCCUUCCUCUCAAAUGAUCUCUUCAAUUACUUGCUUCAAGGGUGUGACAAUGCAACUGAAGGCACACAUUUUGAAGAGCAAAAAGAAUCAGAGCCAGUUACAGAAGAUGACUUCUCAGGAGAUUGUGAAUAUUCUGCUCCAACUAGCGAUGCUGAGAACUUGCACACAUUCAAAUCAUCCAGCAAACCUUCUACCACUUUGAAUUUUGUGAAUAGUCAGGGAGAAUGCUCUGCUAGCCGGGUGGUAAAAGCAGACACAACUUCAGUGGAUGAGAUGAAGAGGAUAUUGAAUAGUGGGAAUCAUUAUGAAACACUGGGACUUCCUUCCUACAAGAGCAUUGAUGCUACUGUAGUGAAAAAGGAAUACAGGAAAAAGGCCAUGCUUGUGCAUCCUGAUAAAAAUAUGGGAAGUCCUCUUGCAAGUGAAUCAUUCAAAAAACUUCAGGGUGCAUACGAGGUUCUUUCAAAUUCUAUGAAGAAGAGGGAUUAUGACGAUCAACUAAGGAAGGAGGAAUCAAGGAGCGUGUGUCAGACCUGCAGCACCUCACAACCGUGGCAGGAUGGUAUGGAUUAUCGCUCUGACGAGUCUAGGCGUAUACACUGCACAAAGUGUGGCAAUGCACAUAUAUGGAUAUGCACCAAUAGGACUAAAGCCAAGGCCAGGUGGUGUCAGGAUUGUUGUCAAUAUCAUCAAGCCAAGGACGGAGAUGGGUGGGUUGAGUAUGGAUGUUCACGCUUCAUAGCAAGGCCUCAGAAGGUCGAAAUACCACGUGCCUUUGUUUGUGCAGAAAGUAAGAUCUUUGAUGUGUCAGAAUGGGCCAUUUGUCAGGGAAUGGUAUGUAGGCCCAAUACUCAUCGGCCAAGCUUCCAUGUAAACAUGGUUGGGUUGGAGAAGGCAACACAGAGGUCCAACUCAAGUAGAUUUCCUUGGGACUUGGAUGCUGAGAUGAUGGAAGAAGACGACGAAGAGUUUGAGAUAUGGCUUCAGCAGGCCUUGGCCUCGGGCCUCUUCUCAGAAACUCCCAAACGCAGAAAGAGCUGGAGCCCUUUCAAAUUACAUCCAAAGAAAGAGAAGAAACAGUCGCGGAGAUCUACAUGAAUUGCUGUACAAAAGAUAACUUAGAGAUCUGAUGCUAAGAGGUCAAAUUGAUCUUGUAUAUCAUCUUUCUUGCUGAAAGAUGAAAAAAGAUGAGAGAGAUGAGCAAUGGAUUCAAUAUUGGGAUUUGGUACGAGAAAAUACAUUUCAAGUAUCCUUUGCAGCCUCUUGUCUGUUCUGUUGUAAAGUCAGUCGUGAAGGGUGGUGAGCACACAGCUCUGCAAGUGAAAGGUUUUUCUCCUCAGGGCUUGGGUUGUGCUUGUGGUGCAGCAGUCAGGAGCUCUGAUCACUGAUCGUCGCAUAAAACAGAGGGAAACAAUGAAACCAGUGUCCUUGUAAAUUGAUCCUGAUAACAUCCAUCUUUAUUACAUUCUCUGUUCUAUAAAUAAUUCUGGGUUCACGUAUGUUACAAAUGAUGCUUCUUUCCUAGUCUAGAUCAGCCAGCAGGGUAUAAUUUGAUCUGGCAUUACACGGUAACUUGGUUGAGG